AUGGCUGAUUUUCCGGUGCGGGCGGUUGAAUCCCAGGAAGAUCUUCCUUUUAAAUGGCUUCGCGAGGGUCAUUAUGAUAUGGCAAUUCUCAGCUUUAAUUACUGGAUCUUGCACGAAAAACGCACAUCGACUGAUCCUGUGGAAGAAAGACUUGGUAACUUUUACAGAGGAUUAGCAGAAGCAUAUUGGCACGUGCACCGACCUGACUGGGCUUUGGAUCAGAUAAAACGAUGCAUAAGAGAGAACUGCCAUGAAUUUUCUGAGGAACACGUGAAGCAUUGGACGACGCUUGCUGAUAAACAAGCCGAGAUUCCCGUGUCUAAGCUCAAAGGCUACGAGAUAGCAAUCCUUUUCGUUCCUCCUCUUGACUUAUUGAAAAAGAGUCAUCUGCUGACAACAAUGUUGCUGCUAUGCUGUGAAUUUGGGUCCUCCUUCCAAACCAAGGCUAGUUCGCUUAUGGUCACAGCAUCCCAGAUCACUUGUGAAUCAGAGAAAAUAGGAAUUUGA